AUGAUUUUAGAUGAAACAAGUGAAUUCGUUGGCUCUGAAAUUGACAUUGAAAUCAAUCCACGCCAAAUAUACAUCCGAGAUGGUGACCGUCUAAACACUUCCUGUCACACAAAUGACCCACAUCGAUAUGGCACAGAAUGGUAUCGCCGUUUACCAAAUGGCCAGGAGGUCAUAAUUGUCACAGGUGCUCUCUUGCUGAUUCCAUCUGUAUCUCAGUCUCAACUACAGAAUUCUGAGAUAUUUUGCCGGGCCCGUGAACAUUAUACCGAUCAAAUAGUUGGAGAGCCUGAGCAACUUAAUCUAAUCUGGGAGUCUGGUAGGUCGAUGCAUCAUAUUUAUUUCGCAUUUCUAUAA